AUGAGCGACGACGAGGCCCCUCAGCCUCGUAGAAAGAUACCCCUAAAUGGCGCCUCAGACCUUUCGGCCCCCUUGGCCGGCAUUAUCAUAUGUUGCACCUCUAUACCAGAGGAGGACCGCACUAAGUUGGCUGGAUAUGCAGAACAGAUGGGAGCCACCCACCGAUAUGACCUGACACUCGAUGUUACCCACCUCAUUGUUGGCGAUUAUAAUACCCCGAAAUACCGAUACGUAGCUAAGGAGCGACCCGACGUCAAGCCCAUGACGGCAAGAUGGAUUGAAGCUCUUCGAGAUCUCUGGAUGAGUGACCAAGAGAUCGAUUUAGUAGGGUUAGAGAAAGAACAUACACUGCCGAUCCUACAAUCUCUGAAAAUUAGCAUGACGGGAUGUGAUCAUCCGGACGAGCGACUGGAAAUCGCAGAACACGUCAAGGCAAACGGUGCCGUAUAUGAAGGGGAUUUGACCAAGCAGAUCACCCACCUAAUAUCGUUCCGGACUGAGGGUGCGAAAUAUAAGGCUGCGAGAGCGUGGGGGAUUCGAGUUGUUUCGAUUGAGUGGCUGCGGGACAGUCUGGAAAGAGGAAUGAUAUUAGACGAGAAACUCUACAAUCCUGUUCUGCCUGCGGAAGAACGAGGAAGGGGCGCUUGGGACAAAACGAAACCAAAGAGAACCUCGUUAGGGAAACGACUGAGGGAGGACGCUGUUGCUGGCUUAGAGGGACCCAAGAGGAAACUCCGAAGAACCGCUAGCACCAAGCUAAAUAGCCAGAGUGAGCAGAUAUGGGGCGAUAUUGUUGGGGGUAGGGGGACAGUCACCGAAGUUGCGCGAAGCGGAGUGUGGGAUAGCGUUGACGAAGUAGGCAAUCAAGCAGGACGAACGAGGUCAGAACAUCCACCUAAAGCUAAUGCCCGCCAGCCAUUGGUAGAUAUCAAGUCAGUUGAUGCGGGCAUAUUUAGUAGCUGUCGAUUCUACUUCUCUGGCUUUGAUUCAAAGAGGGCAGAAGUACUUUGCAACCACCUUCUGCCACAAGGUGCCGAAGUUGUAAAUACCAUUGACGAGCUGCGGUCAAGGCCCCAGACGAAUUCACCCAACCACCUUUUCGUGAUCCUCCCUCACGAUCUACCCACAUCUGAGCAUCCGAGCCUUCCAGAGUCUCAGCCACCGAUCGAAAAAAUUACUGUUUGGUGGGUGGAGCGUUGUCUUCACCAUAGAAAGUUCAUCAGUCCGACGGAGCAUGUUGUUGGGCGGCCAUUUCCGGUAUUUCCAAUUGAGGGCUUUUCUGGCAUGACAAUAUGCUCCUCUGCAUUUUCCGGCAUAGACCUGCUCCAUUUUAAGAAGUCAGUCGAGCUGCUAGGCGCCAAAUAUAGCGAAGAUAUGACUCCGAAAACGUCAGUACUAGUUACCAAAUGCCUAUCCUUUCUAAGGAAGGACAAGUUUGAGCAUGCCCAGGAGUGGAGAAUCCCGAUUGUCACUGGUGACUGGUUGUGGGAUUGCGUCAAAAGUGGCACUGCACUGAAAUGGCGAAGGUACCAGUGCCGAUCACGAAAACGAUCAGAUUCAUUGCCAAAUAUUCGCGGUGGGCCAUUAUCAAAAGAUACAGAUAGCAACAGGUUACCCGAAAGCAUAACGGAAAAGAAUCCUUCGAGGGCGGACAGUUUGUCCUCAGAAGGUGCAGCCAAACCUCCCGAAGACUCGGGGCUGGAUGACUCUACACUCAUCCCUACUGAAAAGGUUGCCGUGAAAGAGGAACAGAAUACAUACAAUCUCGAACCACCUACCAACGGAUCGGUUUCCCCAACGCAAGACCUUGCUGAAAGGACCGAGCCGCUUGCAGACCCAUAUCACAAUUCGUCAUCGAGAACUGUCUCAACCGCUCCAGCCCCUUCUGGACACCCUCACUCACGACCCGCCCAAGAAGAUAUCAGCAGCGCCAUUUCAGAUCUCCUCGCGAAAACGAAAACAUCCGUGCAACCAACGCACCACGAGCCUUCGGACGCCCGCAAACGUGGUAUCAACAGGAUUCUGGGCCGAGCAACAAGUAAUGUCUCUACAGCAUCCACCAACCACUCAAGAGCCACGUCCGUAGACUCGACGGCUACACACGGACAUCCCGUCGAGUAUCCCUCGGGGGUCACAGACGAGCGCAUGGCUCUGCUGUUAGCUGGCGAUAGGAGUGCGCCAGGUGAAGGGGAUGGCCAACCUCCUCCCACGCAACUUCAAUACGAGGAUCCUGAGAGCAAUGAGGUCACGGAGAGGGUGAUGGCAAGGAUGCUUGGUGAGACGGUACCGCGUAAGAAAGGGAACAAGGAGAGGGCUGUGACGAUAGGGGAUUUUGAACCGAAGUCGAGGAUAACGAGGCAAGGGAGGAACGGCAAGGGGUGGAAAUAUACUCCGAGGAUUGCAAACGAAGGUGAAAAGCUACAGUGA